AGUCAGUACUCUUCUGUGUUGAAGUGUUACUGUAUAUCUGUUCAGCACAUUAGAGCUCGGACAUAAGGCAAACCUACGUCAAGGGUGUUCGCAUAAUAUGAAUGUGCAUCCCCUCUCAAUGCACAGGGAUCCCAAUCUAAUGGGAGAGCCCUGUGCUCAGAUCUUCGAGCAGCCAAAACAGAGAGGCAUGCGCUUCAGGUACAAAUGUGAGGGUCGAUCAGCGGGCAGCAUACCGGGAGAAAGAAGCUCUGACAAUAACAGAACCUACCCAAGCAUUCAGAUACUAAAUGUCAGCGGGAAAGGAAAAGUACGUGUUACGCUGGUAACCAAAAACGAACCAUAUAAACCCCAUCCCCAUGACCUAGUGGGUAAGGACUGUAAGGAUGGUUAUUACGAGGCAGAGUUUGGACCUGAACGUAGGGUCAUCGCUUUCCAGAACCUGGGCAUCCAGUGCGUGCGGAGAAGAGAAGUGAGGGAUGCCAUAAUGCAGAGAGUUACACGAGGAAUCAACCCCUUCGGUGUUGGCCGGGAACUGCUGCUACAGACUGAGGAGUAUGAUCUGAACGUGGUGCGUCUAUGCUUCCAAAUUUACCUGCAAGAUGAGACCGGGAUGUAUAACACCAUGCUGCCUCCCAUCGUCUCCAACCCCAUCUAUGACAACAGGGCCCCGAACACGGCCGAACUGCGAAUCUGCCGGGUCAACAAGAACAGUGGCAGUGUGAAGGGAGGUGAUGAGAUUUUCCUCCUCUGCGAUAAAGUGCAGAAAGAUGACAUUGAGGUGAGGUUCUUCACUCAGAACUGGGAGGCCAAAGGCGCUUUCUCUCAGGCAGACGUGCACAGGCAAGUGGCCAUAGUGUUCAAGACACCCGCCUACUGUGACACCACCAUCACAGCCCCGGUCACAGUGCGCAUGCAGCUGCGUCGCCCUACAGACCAGGAGGUCAGUGAGCCCAUGGAGUUCCGAUUCCUGCCCGACGACAAAGAUCCAUAUGGCUGUCAAGAGAAGAAACGUAAAAUUGAAAGCCAGAUGAAAUCCUUCACUAGCUUCUCUCAAGGAGCCAUGAGCUUCAUGAACAGACCAAAAGCUGUGCCUUCAUCCAACCAAAUCAAUCAGAGAAUCAAAAUCGAGCCUUCAAAUUAUUUUCGUCCUUCCAUCCAUGGGGUGCGCACAAAUCAGUCAGUCUAUUAUAACAAAGCCCCUUCGUCCUGCCCCAUGAUGCCACCCCUAUCGGAAACCCCAGCUCAAGGAACCCUAAGUCAAGGGUGGCCCAGUCAAAUCAACAACAACGGAGCUAGUAAUGGGGUGGGCCUACAGCAGGUCAACCCAAGUCCCAGCAUGCCGACCACAGGAGAAAGUGGAAACAGCCUCCCCUUGCUGACCUCUUCGGAUCUGGAGUUUCUUCAACCCAAUGGCCCAACCAGCAGUCAGCCUCGACAGGACCAACCAAACCAGCAGGUCCAGCAAUCCCCGCAGCCAUCUCAAAGACAAGGACUGGAAGGAGCCCAUUCCUGGUUUAACUAUGGCUCCCAACAGCCUCAAAGCACACAGAACGGAGCAACAGGCACCAGCGGGUCACUGGGAACGGGGUACUCGUAUGCAAGCAGCAUAGACGAAGAGUUCUUUCAAAAUCUCAUGGUCAACCACAACUUGAAACAGGAAACUCAAGGGCCGAGCAACAUGGCUGCGCUUGGGCCCGCCUGCACCUCGUCUUCAGACUGUGUGCCGUCCUUCACCGCCCUCCUGAACUGCCCCAACCCCAAUGGAAGUAAUCUGGAGACCAUGAGACAGAUGGAGGCCAGUGCGCCCAAUCAGAUGGUCUCGCAGAUACCGUACCCUUCCAGCGGCAUGGGGCAGGAGAGCCAUCUUGAAUCUUUCACCUGGCCGUACUUCCCAGAAUAGCUUUGAAUUCCAUAAGUCUUCGACGUGUUCAUGAUUUUGUUUUUUAAACAAAGGCUCUGAUUCGUGUUCACUGAAUGUAUUUUUCUGAAGAUCAGAAGAGUUCGUUGUCCUGGAAAUACUGUAAGAUGCUUCUGCCAAUUUGGUAAAGCAGUGAGAUUUUAUGAAACAUUUAUGUAUAACAGUCUGAUGGUCAUAUUGGAAAAGUUUGGGACCAUUUUGUCCACAAACGCUUAAGUAUGGCAGGGUAAUUGUGUUCCUUAACGUGGGAACUAGCAGGGAAUUCUCCCUGGGUAAUGGCUAUGUCAUUUUACAUGCUUCUUAUCCAAGGUUCUCAAAUUGUUAAAACAAGGUCUUUCAUUGGUAACUCGAAAGUGAUAUUAUGGCUUUAGAAAACUACUACCAAUGUCUCGUUCUGUUUUUACUUUAUUCAUCAUCAUACACUUGUGCUAAUUGUGAAAUUUGCUUUUACAUCACAUUUUCUGUGGGUGAAUUUUUGUAUUUUUAUAAAAUUGAAGUUUAUACUACUGAACGUUGAUUUUGUUUAUGUAUUUGCUACAUUCUGAACUGAAUUGUGGCUACAUUAAUGUUAAAUGGAGAAGACACAUGUUUGUUUUCAUUCAUACUGGUCAUUUAAUUGCAUAUGUUUCUGUUUUACAUUCCAAAGUUCAGGUAAAUAAAAUAAUAAACUCUCUAA